GUCUUGAACCAGAAGAUAUGAGUUAUGCCUCUGGAGCACCAAAACAGCAAUCCCUUUUCCCACCGCUAGAUGUCAGUGCUCACUCCAACCCCGGUAGUCCAUUAAAGCUACGUCAAAGAAGAAGUGUGGCUACGGCUAACAAUGGCAGCUUCCUCGGAGUUUGAGAUGGACCAGCUUCCUUCAGACCCGCUCCUGCACAUAUUUACGUACCUGAGCUACAGAGACCUGGUCCACUGCAGUUUUGUGAACCGGAGGCUGAACGAGCUCUCCAAGCACAACCUGCUGUGGAAGUCUCUGUGCUGCAAACACUGGCUGCUGACAGAUGCUGACCGCCUCCGGAGCGGCCUCUCCUGGUACUUCCUGUUCAAGCGGUACUACUGGGAUCUGGGCCGCUACAUCCAGCACUACGCCGUGCUGAAGAAAGCCUGGGAGCAGCUGAAGAGCUUCCUGCAGCAGCGGUGUCCUCGCAUGAUCGCGUCGCUGAAAGAGGGCACCUCUGAGUUGGAGCUGAAGGACAUUGAAUCCCAGAUCGGCUGCAAGCUUCCGGAUGACUACCGCUGCUCGUACCGCAUCCACAACGGCCAGAAGCUGGUGAUUCCGGGGCUCAUGGGGAGCAUGUCGCUGUCCAACCACUACCGCUCGGAGGUUCUACUGGACGUGGAGACGGCGGCCGGCGGCUUCCAGCAGCGGAAAGGCAUGAGGCACUGCCUGCCGCUCACCUUCUGCUUCCACACGGGCCUCAGCCAGUACAUGACCCUGGACCCCGUCGAGGGUCGCCGGAUGGGCGAGACCUUCUAUCCCUGUCCCGAUCAGACUGCUCAGGAUCCAGGAGCCAUUGACAUGUUUAUCACAGGCUCCAGUUUCCUGGAGUGGUUCACCACGUAUGUGAACAACGUGGUCACAGGAGAAUAUCCGAUCAUCAAAGAUCAGAUCUUCAGGUACGUUCACGAGAAAGGCUGUGUGGCGACCACGGGGGACAUCACCGUCUCCGUCUCUACGUCCUUCCUGCCGGAGCUUUCGUCCGUCCACCCGCCGCACUUUUUCUUCACUUACCGCAUCAGGAUAGAAAUGUCCAGCGCCGCCUCACCUGAAGCCGCCUGCCAGCUGGACAGCCGGUACUGGAAGAUCACGACCUCCGAUGGAAACGUGGAGGAAGUUCAGGGCCCGGGUGUAGUUGGCGAGUUCCCGGUCAUGACCCCGGGGAAGGUGCACGAGUACGCCAGCUGCACCACCUUCUCCACGCCGUCGGAGUACAUGGAGGGUCACUACACCUUCCACAGGCUGGCCAAUAAGGAGGAGGUUUUUCAGGUGGCCAUCCCUCGCUUCCAUAUGGUCUGCCCCACGUAUAGAGAGCCAGAAACCAGGACGAAGCAGUCAAACAACUCCACUUUUACCUUCAACCAGGACGACGGCGGGGAGUUCAACGACGCCGAUCGCCGGGACAGAAGCAACAGCAGGGACGACAGAGACGACGACGAUGGAGGUGACUUCGGCAGGAUGAGAGAAAUGAACAUGGCCGCCCUGGAGGGGUCGUGGUGCCCCCGACACAUCUGAGGAGCAAAGCAUUCUGGGCGGACAGAAAAUACUUUUCCUGUUUGGAGUCGAGCGAGGAAUUCAACCAGCAAGAGGUUUGCUGAAGUGUUUUCUACGGAAAGCAGAGAGGAUGCCCUGGAAACGAAACAUUUUUCCGGGAAAUACAGCAAACGAAGCUUUAGUGUCAUUUUUGGAUUUAUUUACACAAACAUCUUUACGUUAAAAGUUAAAAAAAUGGCUAAGAUGAGAUCGCAGGAGUCUACAGGUUUCAAAGGACGCGUGCAAUGUUCACCGAAAAGGAAGCUUUAAUAGUGAAAUGUUUUUUUUUCUUCAGAUUCUGGGAUGUAUUCCGCCCCCUGCUGGACACGCCACUGAAUUGCCAGCUCAUUAACAGAUUUUUGGUUUGGUUUUUUUGAAAGAAUUUUGUUGAAGGACUUUAUAUAUGCACAGAAAUUGAGGAGUUAUUUGUUAAAAACAGGCUCAAUGUGUCAGUUUGAUGGAAUUUUUUGGGUUUCUGCAGUGAGACGACUCUUCUAAUAGACUAUCUUGAUUAAAGAGUCAUGUGACUCUAAGUCUAAGUCACCACUAAGCUGAUAUUUUAUAUAUAUGGUUCUUCUAAAACGACUCCAAUAAAAAAGUGAAGCUAAAAAGA